UUCCGCUUGCGGCGAGAGCGGAGGCGGGAGGAGCCUGCGGAGCUGCGCGCCUCGCCGGGGAGGAGUCGGGGGCUCCAGCCGCCGCCGCUGCUCCUGCCACGUCCGCCGGGGCUGAGAAAGCGGCUGGAGGAGAAGCCCCAGCACGUGGGCGCGCCGCAUCCAGCCUCUCACCUGCGCCAGUGGGAAUACCAGGCCUUUGGCCGUGUGGCUCCUCCCUGGUUUGUGGCAAAUUAACACAGAGGAGAACUCUGGCUUCUGUUUGGAAACUAGAGGGUGUUCUCUACCGAAAGCAAAGGCCUGCUUUGGUUUGACGAGGCCUGUCUUGGUUGUGUCGGACCGAACUCCGUUGCGCUUCCUGUUUCUCCAGCUUGGCUUGAGGAAAGGCCUGACGCGUCAGAAUGAGACAGCUGAAAGGGAAACCCAAAAAGGAGACCUCCAAAGAUAAAAAAGAGAGAAAGCAGGCAAUGCAAGAAGCGCGGCAGCAAGUCACGACUGUGGUGCUUCCGACGCUGGCCGUGGUCGUGCUUUUGAUUGUGGUGUUCGUUUACGUGGCAACCCGCCCAAACACAACCGAAUGACGCCGUUUUUGAAUUCUGUAACUUUGGGCCUUCCUGUUUACCUGCUACCCUGUCAAGAGCCAAAAAAGAAAACCAAGAGGAGAAAAAAAGCUUCUUCUGCUCCCACAGUAAUUAACUGUACUUUGACAAAGGAAUCUCUUCUUUCUCUGACUUGAUCCAAGCUCCACAGUAUUCUCCCUCUCUCCCUCUUUCUCUUGGAUUAUAAUGUAAAACGUGUGUGCUACUCAGCAAAAAAUGCGUUUUAUGGUCCCACUCGUGCCUUCUUAGACUUCAACUCUGGGGAGGGGAGAUUUCCUUUUAUGGGCCUGUGUCGUAAGAGGGGAUUCCUUUGCUUUCUCAGCUUGUAUCGGUAGGCUUCAAAUGAUCAGCGGCAUUGUUGGCAGUGUCUGUGAGCUUGUGUCUAUUCGGCUUUCCACGGCUUCCAAAGAAGUGAAUUUCCCCUCCCUUCACUGAUUAUACAAUGGCAUUUGAAAUCACAUGACUAAAAGAACAAAUAUUUAUUUUUGGAAUAAAGAAUAUGAGUCUUGCAGAAAA